GCGUAUAAACCGAUCAGAGCAGGAUGACAGAUGACACCACCCAGGAAAAAGGUUAACAAAUCAAAUCGGUUUUCUGUUGUUGUUGGUUUUUUUUCGUUCAUUGCAAAUCUCCCACAGUGUCUAGCUUUGAUUUGUUUGAGAUCUGCGUGCGUUUUCACGAAGCGAAAACGCGCACCUCUCCACCUGCAGCUCGGACGCGUUUAGACAGCUGGCUUAUCUUUCAUUGACAUUUUAUGCACCGGAGGGAAACUUCAAUCUGUGUUCCGCCCGUGUUGGUUUCACACCCCACUUGUCACCGACAUAUAGCGUCACCAAACCUAGAAAGGGACAAACAGGGCGGGUUUUUAAAGCCUGACGCGUGAAGCGCAACAUCUGGAGAUCAACAGCAGCAGUCAUGGGCAACAGUGUGUCCGGUAUCACAGCACUACAUAGAGGACAGCACAACAGAUUUCAAAGACUUCCAAACUCAUACAAAGACUCUUUCGGAGGACCGUUCCCCUCAACCAUUCACAGGUGUCACCACAAACCCAAGCGCUGUCUGAACCUGCAUCCAUGCGGAGGUGUACCCGUGAGCCCCCUUCUGUUCCACCGCAAUGCCAAAGGCUCUCAGAUCGUCAUGGAUCUGACACAGAAGAGCGUCAAACGCCAGGCCAGCUUCUGCAACGCCAUCACGUUCAGCAAUCGACCAAUAGCUCAGUAUGAGCAGGUCCGCUUAAAGAUCACUAAAAAGCAGUGCUGUUGGAGUGGAGCACUUCGCCUUGGAUUCACUUCUAAAGACCCGUCUCGAAUCAACCCCGACAGCCUGCCCAAAUACGCCUGCCCCGACCUGGUAUCUCAGAGCGGCUUCUGGGCCAAGGCCCUGCCGGAAGAGUUUGCAAACGAAGGAAACCUCAUAUCCUUCUGGGUGGAUAAGAAGGGGAGAGUGUUUUAUCGCAUCAACGACUCUAGCCCCAUGCUGUUCUUCAGUGGCGUCAGGACCACAGAGCCGCUGUGGGCUCUCAUCGACGUGUACGGUCUGACACGAGGAGUACAACUACUGGACAGUGAAAUCGUCCCUCCAGACUUUCUCCGCCCGCGAUCUUUCACCACAGUACGCGGCUCCGCCUCUUUACGUCGCGAAGCGGACACCUCCCGUCUGUCCGUCAGCCUGUGCGAUCUUAACUCGCAGCAAGAAGACACGAGGCUCCGCCUCCCACCUGCUCCCGUCACCUGCCCCAUUCCUCAAAACUCCAUGAAUUCCCAGCAGUCAACGCUGCUUCCUCACACCCUGGAAUGUGACUUACGUUUCCACCAGCUCCGAGGUGCCCACAUAAAGACCCUUAACGAACAGACCGUGGCGCGAUCCGAACACGGCCGUGAGGAGCGCACACUGGUCUUCACCGACCGGCCGCUCAAAAUCGGUGAAACCAUAUUCAUCAAAGUCAUUAAGUCCAGUCAAGCGCGAUCCGGAUCGUUGUCGUAUGGUGUGACGUCGUGCGAUCCAGCUGUGCUCCGCCCUAGCGAUCUACCUUACAAUCCAGAAGCACUGGUUGACCGCAAGGAAUUCUGGGCCGUGUGCAGGGUGCCCACCACUCUGCACAGCGGCGAUAUACUGGGCUUCCUGGUUACACAGGAAGGGGAAGUGAUUCUGAGUCAUAACGGCACCAAUGUGGGAAUGCAGGUGUGUGUGGACAACUCACGACCACUUUGGAUGUUCUUCGGACUGCACGGUGCUGUCACACAGCUGAGGAUUCUGGGUUCUACUUUCUUGGGUGAUGCUCGUGACCCAGCCAGCCCCGGCUCGCCCUCUGCCUCGCCCCUCUCGCCCUCAAACUUGUGUGGUGGAAGUCCAGAACCAGGCCUCACUGAACGGGGAUGCUCUACUUCUUUCUGCAGCUCAACUGAAGGAACAACACCCAACUCGCCCAUCAGCCUCCCUAAAUCACCCACCUUCCCAACCGCCUCGGGCUCGUGGCCGGACGAGUGUUCUAUCUGCUACGAAAACACAGUGGACACAGUCAUCUACGCCUGCGGACACAUGUGUCUCUGCUACACAUGCGGCCUCCGCCUCAAAAAGAUGGCCAACGCCAGCUGUCCUAUCUGCAGGAGAGCCAUCAAAGACAUUAUAAAGACCUAUCGGAGCACUUAGGGGCCCCUCACCGACCAACCCGAGUUUCACAGGGGCCACGGAUAGAUCUGUGUUUAAAGAGACGGUGACAUCACAUUUCAGGGACAUUUCUCUGGCUUUUGUCUCUGUUGCCAUGGCAAUGACUUUCGAACCCUUGAACUUCCAAAGCUCAAGCGUACGUUCACGGGGGUCUUUUGUAACUUACGGUGUCUGUUGCUUUGGUAACCGCCGAUGUUGCUUUUUAAUGGAUAUCUUGAGCAGUUCAGGAUAUUUCAGGUGGCACGCGGGAGACCCGUUUUUUUCUGUGAGCCAUAAGAGACUGCAGCGGUCUCAUUCAUAGCAUAGGUGCAUAAACUUUACAGCUGGAAUCAUAUUCAUACAGGACGUUACAGUUUUGGAUCUCGCUUAUUUUUUCUCGGCUGACAUCAGAGUAACUAAGGCACAUUCACAGAUGAAAUUCAUGCAAACAACGUCUCAGCGUUUCACAAUUUUUGUCUGUGCUUGACUGAGAAAGAGAUUAAAGGUACAAUGCUUUCAUACCUCAUCAUUUCACGCUAGAUAUGCCGUGUUAUUCUGCAGUUUACCAUUGUUGUGCUCUGAAAUAUUUCCAUGUUGUUCUGGAGGUCUUUCUGGAUUGAUCACUAUUUGAUCAGGUUUUGUGACGUAAUCUAAAGCUUUUAGCAGAUCAAAUCAGUUAAUGGGCCGCUAUCAUUUUUUGCGUACGCAUGUGUUCAACCAGCAGAUGUUAUGGAGGGAUUAAUACGAUAAUUUGUUGCGUUUAUAUAGCGGAACGAUUUACCAAUGAGCCGUUGCAGAAUGUUCUUAACAACUCCUUCCCGGAUAAAAGCAAUUAAUUUUUUUAAUCGAGCCAAUGUCACUCGAAAAUGUAAUUAGCACCCUAUCCUAUGACCCUAAACCAAAGCCCAAAUCAAAGAUGUAAACUUUCCAGAUUUGGACAUGCACGGUCUGAUUAUUUGCAGAAGCGAGUCAACCGUUGCCAUAGCGAGCAAAAUCUACAAAGAGGGAAAAUAGCCGUGAGGCGCUAACCAAUAAAAGAGUCGUUUGUGGCGAGAGGAUAAAGUAUCUCAUUUGCUGACAUCAUACAUACUUUUGUAUCCCCCGUCCCAACCCAACAGUUUCUAGGGUCCCAAAUAGGGGGCUAACAGCUUACAGUUUACAAUUGAAUAAGAAUUUAACAGGAUCAUUGGGAGAAGAGAGUACAAAAGGCUGUAAAGCUGGACUAUAAUUCUUGAUUGUGCCGAGAAUAGAAAAAGCAGGGUUAAAAAUAUCGAAUGAGUGAAUUAUAACAAGAAGAAAGUAAAUAUAUGUUGUGUACUAAAUUGGUGGCAUCUUUUCUUCUGGAUCUGGAGGAUGUGUAGGACGUCCUGAUGCUUUAUGACCACAGUUGCUUGUGUCUGAAGUCAGAAGAUUCUAGGAGACAGAAGGAAGUUCAGUGAGCAGUUUGAUUAAGUUUGUUUGAAUUUGUACAGGCUAUACAGGUGAGUAGGUAAAUAUAAAAAAUGCCUUUAAAUAUCAUUAUAAUUUUUGUGCAUUUUACACCCCUCCCAAAAAUUCUCAUUAGUGCAAAAAUAUUUUACCGUAAUAAGAAAUACCAAUAAGAGUACAGGUGUUGCAAAAACCCUCAAAAGUUACACAUCUAUAUAUAUUACACAGUAAUAAGGAUUCAUAGAAAAACUGUCAUAAAAAUACACUCCAAAAAUAUUGGGUUAUUUCAACCCAUUGUUGGGUCAAAAAUGGACAAACCCAACUGUUGGGUUCAAAUAACUCAGAGAAUGUUUAUAUUUGACCCAGCAAUGAGAUAAAACAACCCAGCAUUUGGGUUGAAAGAACCCAGCAUAGGUUAAUUUACAACCCAGCGGUUGGGUUUGUCAAUUUUUGACCCAAUGCUGGGUUGAAAAAACUGUUUUUUAGAGGGCAAUAUAAUUCUACAAAAAAUUAAUUUGUUCAUUUCAUGUGACGGAUAUUAUGCACUCAGGUCAGCCAACAACAGUUAAAAAACUGAGCUGAUGCUACUGAGUUUUGAUGCUAGCUGUAAAUUAGAUUUCCAGCAAAGGCCAAUUCAGAUUCCCACAAUCCAGAUUCCCUCGAACAUCUGCAACAGGCUCAAAUCUGUUUUUAAUCAAUUACAUCGUGUUAUUUACUGUAAAGCAACUAAGCAAAAGAGGCACAAUAGUGAAUGUGUGUGUGUGUGUGUUUGUGUGUGUGUGGUUGGAUGUGACAGCAGCUCAAGUAAUAUUACUAACCUACAAUGGACUGCAGGCUAAUAUUGUUCAGAACUAGCCAGUGAGCUUGUGUGAAGCAAUUGUGACAGCUGGCGCUUAAAUUCAUGCUGCUAUUAGUGUUAGCCGGCUCCUCUUCAGGCGAUGCUAACAACGUGUCGAGAAAAUCUGUUCGAAGUUGUGCUCUGUUGUUUGUGGUGAUUCACUUUUGAAUGUUUAUUUAUGUUAAUUAGAGGAAACUAUUAGAACGGUGUUUCUCAACUCUGGCCCGCGACAUCCAUUUUCCUGCCGAGUUUAGCCCCAACUCUGAUAAAACACCUGAAGAGGCUAAUCAGUGACUUCAGGAACAGACGCGUUCAACUUAAUGUUGGGCUGCGCAGAUUGUUUGGCAUUAAAGUACCGCGAGAGCGAUUCAAAUGCGUACCGAGCAAUCUGCACUUGAAUCGCUAUCGCGGUACUUCAAUGUCAUACGAUGAUAGAUUUGCGCAGCGCCGCAUUAAAUUGAAAGCAUCUAUUCCUAAAGACGCUGAUUAGCUUGUUCAGGUGUUUUAUAUCAGAGUUGGGAAAAUGGAUCUCGCGGGCCAGAGCUGAGAACCACUGUAUUAGAACAUAGACGUAUCUGAGGUGUGUCUGGCGCUCUUUUGUUUUUUCUUUUGGAUUAAUGGACCGAAAUUAUGAUUGUAUAGUUUGCUUUUCAGUCCCUCAGGAUUCUACACCAACAUAUUUCUUGACAUUUGUGCUGGUUGUAUCCACACAAGCCAUACUGAGAAGGACAUCUAUAAGGCGCGUGGCAGCAAAUGUUGAAAACCAGCUUUAUGUUAGGAUCGAGAUAACCUGUAGGAUACACUCCCUCUGGGGUCAGCUCAUUUCAUUGACAAUGUGUUUUGUUUUAAAGAUGUGUAUUUAUGUCCCACUGGUGUAACUUUACUCAUCUGAUUUUAAGAGGUACACACUGUUCUGAAAAUGUCCUGGAGGCCAUUUGAUUUACAUUUGCACAUGUUUAGUCAAAUAAACCAGGCACUUUUUAACCCAUCAAGUCAGUCAAUUUGUUCUGACAAAUAUCAUUUAUAAAUAAUUAAUUUUACCCUCAAGCAUUUUUCUAUUUCGCCCCAUUUUGUAUCCCUCUAAUAAUAUCUUUUGCACAAUUUAGGGUGUAUUAUAAGAGCAAUCUUUGUGUUUCUGUCACUAUGAAAUUUUAUUCAAAAUUUAUUGUCCCCUUUAUGACAUCAUCCGGUUCAUGUUUGGACAAAAUCAACCUUUUCCAGAACAUUUUCUCGUUUAAAUGCUUGUAACGAAAUGGCAAAAACACAGUGUUGUUUUACUGAGGACCUGGAGUGGGACAAACAGUCCGAAUAUGCCGCCCAUGGGUCCACCUUUGAUUGUCGUCGACCCUGUAAUGUACUUUAUUAAUACCGCGUGUAGAGUACGAUGUGUUGAAUCUGAUAUGUCGCAGAUUCCCUAUUUAGCUUUCCUGUUUUAUAAUUAUUUUAAUCAAAACUGUAGAUAUGAUAAUGAACACAGCCAUAUUAGCACAUUGGCACAGACAAUAAUGUUGUAGAUACUUUGAGUUAUGAGUGGAUAGUGGAGUAAACGUAUGUGGGAUCAGGGAUUGCAUAAAUUGUCACCCCAACCUUAAAUAAAUUUGAAUAUUGAUCAAAUCUGAAUAUUUUUAGAUCGUAAUGAAAAACAGAAGUUUUUUAUCUUAUUAUAUAUAUAGACAAAAUAAUGUGAAUUGCAUUUCUUUAUUCUUUCUGUUUGUCAGUGUGUUUUGCUCGCUCAUAACCCAUUGGUAAACAGUGGGACCAAACGAAUAUCUGAAUCAAAGCGUUAUGAUUCCUCUUUCCCAGGGUUCAGUUAAGGGCUGUAAAAUGAGUCAGUGAUUCAUAGUCCAUGAGGUCAGUAGUGAUUUCUUCAUUAAAAAUGGCUCAGCUUAUUGUGGCAUUCUAUUUUUGACUCAACCUAUGAUUUAUUUUUUCCUUAAAGUCUGUGAUGAGUUUAUGGAGCUUUGUUUCGUCCGAGUCAAAGAUGACUGUCAAUAAACUUUGCAGAUGUA